AUGGGUUUGUUCCAAAGUUGCUUGAGAAAAAAUAAUAAAAUUGGCAUUCUAUCUGACGAGGAGGAAGCCGCCUACAAAAAGAUCGAAGAGGUCAACGAAGAAAUGGCGCAAGAGAAGAUUGACAUUCAAACUCUCCCAGAGAUGAUGUUUUGUGUCACUCCGAUGGAAGCCCAUGGGGACGCCACUCAUCCUCCAGAUGUCACUAAAAAGACUGUAAUGAUGAAUAUCAAUUACAAAUCAAGUGUGCCUAAGUUGCCUCCUAUUCCUGGACAAGUUAAGACAAUCCUAAUUCAGGAUCUAGAUGACGAACACGAUUACCUUAAAUGGGAAGGAGAAACUAAAAGAGUUCUUAUGGAGCAAAGUCCUCUGAAGAAUGGCAAGGAUAAGUUGUCAGAACAAAGAAGAAGACAGCUUCUCCGAAGAAAUUCAAAUUAAAAGAAACUAACAAAUAUUGUGAACAGAAGAGACAGAUAAUACCCGCUGCUGUCAUCUAAAAUAGGAU